UAUAUUGAUAUGAAACACUGUAUGGUUUGAAAACAAUAGCUGUAAAUAUUUCAGGGCCGCUUCCUGAAUCCCGAGCACAAAUGUCAGCUACGGUGGACCCCACGUCUGGGAUUGCUUGGUUCUAUGGUGGUCGUGCCACUAAAGCAAAGGAAGAGACCGGAGAACAUGCUUAUUACAAUGAUUUUUACAGUUACGAUGCACGAACGCAAACAUGGGACUGGCCUCCGGUACGAUAUGCUUGGGGACAACGACCCGCACGUUACGGUCAUACUUCGAGCUUAGUCGAAAACCAGUUAUUUAUCCUCGGCGGGAAAACGGCGGUGGUCAAUGCUUCAGGUGAUACCUGGGUCACCAAUCCAGCUGACUUUCAGAGUGUGCUUGUUUUCGACACGGAUGAACGAAAGGCAGUUACUAUGGCCACCAUUGGUGAUACACCUGAUGGAAGAGUGGGAUUCUCGGCUGCAUUAGCACCAGAUGGACACUCUAUUAUAGUGUUCGGUGGACAGGAUGCGCUCACGGGUCAGAGCACUCAAGACGUCUUUUUACUAGACACAUGUACUUUGCAGUGGUCCCAUCCUGACGUUUCCGGUGUUCCGCCUUCAGCACGGUCCGGUCAUCAAGCUGUAACCUACGAUAAAUAUAUGGUUAUUCUAAUGGGUUAUAAAGACGAACAUACAGGCGAGUUUGCUGACGAUAUCGGGGUUUUGGACAUGUCAAAAUGGCAAUGGAUCGAUAGUUUACCGGUUAUCCAGCAAUUUGCCAACGCACAGCAACCCAAUUGUAAAUUUACGAUGCCACAUAUGCCGGAUGGUGAUGGUGGCAAUAAUGGUGGCGGAGGUGACAACAGCGGGCUUCCAUAUGAUCCUACCGUGAUUUCCAAUCCUAAUCAGUCUGACGAUAAUACGACAGCCGUUGCCCUUGGAGCCAGUUUAGGAGUUGCUGGGUUCCUUUUGUGUGCUGGUGCGCUUGUUUUCUAUAUCCGCAGAAUGCGAAAGAACGCCCAUACGCCCAAUCCACGAUGGCUUCCAGGUGCCCUGAAGAAAGAAGCGCCUCUACCAUCAGUAACAGCAUCUGAAACCGACGAAACCAUAUCUAAACCAAACAACAACAUCUCGAUGGACAACUGUAAAAAUAUUCCAGAAAGACCUCCUCCCACAUUAUCAAAUCCGAUCGAACGAGUCUAACAUCAACUUUCAUCCGUUUCUUCUGUUCUUCUCCUCUUUUUUUUACAUAGUACAACAUAUAGCAUCUACUCUUAAUUAUCGCCCUUUUUGUUUUUUUCUCCAUUUUGCAUUUUUCUUGUAUUCAAUAAAUUCUGCUUAUGGCUUAUGCAAGCUCCACCUAGCACUGGGAUGUGCAUAGUUGCGCUAC